AUCAAUGCAUCACCCCCUUGACACUUCUGUUUCCUUUCUCAGUAACCUUGCGGUAAGUAAUAGCCGCUCACAUUGAGGAUAUGUCGUAUUCCACGUUCUCCUUUGGUGUUGUCUUAAAAAGCUUCUCCAUGUUUUAUCGUGACAGUUCGUCAUCGCUUAUGAUCGUCUAGCGGACUAUACAAGCCUGUCAUAAUGAGUUUAAAGCUGGGGUCCGCAAUCAAUAUCUUGAUUCAGGAAGAAUCAGAUAAAGGAUGGGGUUCUUUCAUUGCCGUCAUGUUCGGCUCGGAGAAUCACCCUUUUGUGAUGGCAGAUUCUACUAGUAUCUGUGAAAGCAUUGGGAUUUCAACCUCCUUUUGUCCAACUCAGCCUUCAAGAAAGGGGUGGGUAAAGCCUAGGUCGUCUAGAGACAC